CCUUCAAUGGUGUUUACAGAACACAAUAAGGAACAUAAUAUGCAUUUCCGCCUAGACUAUCUGCACUUACAUGAAGAAAGAACUACAAACAAGUCUGGGGAAACGUUACAGAGUAUUUCAACGCAUAGUGUGCACACAGAAGUGACAUGAGACCAGAGGUGGACAGUAGUGAAAGUCGCGGUACAAAGGUGCUCAAGCGUGGAACAGAUCGUGCAGUGUCGUCGCUAAACAGAAUUAUCUACUACGUCAUUAUGCGCAUGCGCGGACGGAUCGUGCAGGCAUCCUGGAUCGUGUACCGACACGCGCCACACCGAGGUCUGCUCACAGUACAUAAUCUCUACGCAGUCGAACGCAGAUCUCAACAGUGACACCAAACCGCUCCUUCUACCACAACUGCUUCAGUAGGUUUACAAGAACAAACAGGAGAUGUUUGAUAAAGUGACAAAGCAGCUGGUCCGACAGAUUGAUCCUAAUGGUGUUCUGAUUCCAGCCAGUUUUAACGAUUCAAAGAAACUCAAGCUGCUUGCUGUGGUGUGGAAGAAGCCGAAAAUGUGGUUCUUUGGGAAAGCUAAAUACAGUCCUACGCACUUUACACUUAAUGACCUUCUGGAGAAGGGUGAAAUAAUUCCUGAGCGGGAUGAGAGAGACUUCUUGAAAUGUAAUGCAACAUACAAAAGCUCCGGAAGUGGAUCAGUGGAUCUGGGAAAUGAAGCUGUCGGACUAAAUGUGACUGGACAGGGUAGCUCUGAACUGCACUUGUCUCUCGACACACUCAGAAAGGAAGAUAUGGAUAUUCCAAAACUUCUGAAGGACUCCCAAGGCAGGAAGGUGAAUCUCGGACAUGGUUUAAUUCAGCAAUUUUUAAAAGGGAAAAUAAUGUUAACCCUCCUUAAAGAGCGAAUCUUUACUACCUGUGAGAGUGCCAUCUCUUAUACUGGACAGGAGCAAGGCAGCUGUUCUUCUACUUUGAAAGGACAUCCAAUGAUGGCAAUGAAAGCGAAGGGUGAACUAAAAUGUAACUCUGACCUAAAAAUGAACAUCCCAGCAGGCACUGUGUUUGCAUACAGUGUCAUUAAAAUGAGCAUCAGCAGUGAUGGCUACAUUGAGUUGUGUUUUGAACCGGAUGGAAUUGAGUCGGAUGACAUAUCCGAGGAUCCAGAUUAUUCAGAGGUGGAUGGUCCUUGGGCACUACAAGAGAUUGAAGAAGGGUACUCACUUAAUUCCCUAAAAACAGCACUUUCAGAUGUUCAGACUAGGUUUUGUGUGCUGACUGAUCUGACUUCUGAGUGCCGCUCCACCUUACUGCUUCAUUUGAGGGAAAUUCUAUUGGACCGACCCUCCCUGUCAGUGUUGGUGGAUAGGCUCGAGGUUCUAAGCAGCGGUGAAGCUCCAUUACUCCAAAACGAGUUAUUGGACAACAAGAGCCAUUUUAUUAGUGAAGUUUUAGACUUACUGAAGUCUGAACCACACAACAGCGAGCAAAUUCUGGUGGCAAUGCAUAUGCUGCUCAGUGCCGUUGAGGAGUUGACAGAUGCUGGAUUACAACUGUUGGAAAGUUUCUGCACUUCUGAGGGCCUUAGAAGCCUGCAAGACUUAGUAAAUCUUCUGAUGGCUAACUCCGAGCCACUCUCAAAAGACGCAAUCCCUGUUUUCUUACAGAAAGACGACGAAUUCCACAGAGUGGUCGACCUUUUUAAAUCAUGUGAUGUUUUAGUAAAGAGAGAAGAUGAUCUAAUGUUUGCAGACGUUACAUGUGAAAAGGGUUUCCUACCGUUUGUUCUGUGUAUUGCCAUCAGUGGUCUUGCAUGCCUCAUUGACAGUAACAAUGAGAGUACUGGUGUGUGUUCUCAGAAUGACUAAAAUGUUAAUAAUAGACAUUUUCUUGCUCAUGUAGCCCUUUGCACUCAUUUUAUCUUUCUUAAUUUUAGAAUGGUAAUCCGCAAGAUAUUUUUAGAUGUUGUGCCUUUAAUCAGUUAUAUUUACAUAUACAUAUUAUAUUAUAAACAAAAUUGUAAUAUAAAGUUUUCCUAGACAGACAUGUACAAACUUACAAAAAUAUCCUAUACAAGAAUAU